AUUCGGCACAACACCGGAAAAGGAAAUACGCGUGUCACACUCAAAAUACUCCCACGUGUUGCAGGCGCGUCAGUCCGAAAGAGCACUGAUGAAACGAUAACCUCGGCGACAAAAUACAUAUUUUAAUCACACGCCUGUGUAUACGGAGAAAAGGUGAAUUAGCGUAGAUGUCGGACACUGGAGAGGAGUGGCAGGUGGCCCGGCGACGAAAAGGUGCAGCGCGGAAAUCAAAGCCACUUCAGGUGUCUUCAGCUCCAACAUACUGCCAGGAGGAGUUGGAUAUCGGGAAAGCUGUUAAACGGAUCAGAGACACAGUAUCUGAGCUAAGAUGUGAGGAGUUUUGUCAAGUCUGGAAAGAGCAGCUGCUGGUGGCAGGGUCAGCGUUCCUCUCAAAACCAUCAAAGAUUAAGGAUGCUGAGGAUCCCACCGAUCAGCCGGAGACAGGCAGACAGCUGGAGUGUGUGUGUUAUGGCCUUGGCUCCUUUUCCUCCUGUGUCUCGGCUCGCUACCAGCUUGCCAUGUUGCUGCUGCUGCUGGAUGCAGGACAGAUUCCAGCGAAGGACUGCUCUGUCUAUGAUCCAGCAUUCUCCUCUGGGGAGAAGGAUGUGUUGAGAGAGCUGGGUCUGACUGUACUCACAGAAAAUGAGGAGGGGAAGCGUCUGGCAACUAAGCCCACUCUCUUUUACCUGAUGCAUUGUGGGAAAGCUCUUUACAACAAUCUUCUGUGGAAGAACUGGAGUGCACGACAUCUUCCUCAGAUGACGAUAAUUGGAAACAGCUUCAGUGGAAUGAGGGACAGGACGAUCGAGAGAGAGUUCAAGCGGGACUACGGCUACAUUAGUCAGGCUGUUGAUGCGUGUGAGGAGAGACCGCUGCCUUGUCCGUCCCGUCUCAUCGACGUCUUCAGUGACACAGCAGUCAUCACCUUUCCCACCAGUGGCCUUAACAGACUCCCACAAUCCACCUGGACAGAACCACCUGAACCACAGUACCAACACUGCCCUGAUUUGGAGAUUAUACUGAGGGAAACACUGAGGAGCUGAGGACAGGAAAUUAAUAUAUAGUGGACUUUUUUUUGUUUUUUGUUGCCACUGACAUAACCACUUUUUAAAUAAAUGAACCAUGUUCCAAAUUGAGGGUCGACUCUUGGACAAUUGAGCCACUAUCAUCAGAGACUUCGCAGGAGAGGAAAUGUAUCUGGCGCUUUAACAGUCAUACUGAUGUUUUUCUGGGUUCAGUCCCAUUUACUGUCAAUUAUAUACUGGAUAUAUUACAGUUGGAUAAUUUUUAUUUUCAGUCAGCACAACAUGAGGUAAUACAUCACUGAAAACAUUUA